AUGCUGAAGAACAUCUCCAACCAAACUUCUGAGCCCUCAGAAGACACACAUUAUAACUUUCUGGCCUUGUUCUUUGGGCUCAUACUGAUUGUGUUUAUAAUCUGUGGAAAUGUAUUGGUGUGUCUUAGUGUCUGUACAGAGAAAGCUUUGAAAACUACUACCAACUAUUUCAUUGUGAGCUUGGCAGUGGCUGACCUUCUCCUGGCUGUAUUGGUGUUGCCACUGUAUGUAUACACAGAGUUUCUAGGAGGGGUGUGGACACUUGGUUUUGUCUUCUGUGAUAUCCUAAUGACCAUGGAUGUCAUGCUGUGCACUGCCUCCAUUUUCAACCUCUGUGCUAUCAGUGUGGACAGGUUCAUAGCUGUGUCCAUCCCACUGAACUACAACCGGCAGCAAGUGGAUAACCGGCAGUUGUUCCUCAUCUCAACCACUUGGAUUUUUGCCUUUGCUGUGGCUUCUCCGGUCAUUUUUGGACUUAAUAACGUUAAAGACCGGGAUCCCAAUGAAUGUAAAUUAGAAGACAACAAUUAUGUGGUUUACUCCUCCAUUUGUUCCUUUUUUAUCCCAUGUCCUAUAAUGUUAGUACUUUAUUGCGCCAUGUUUUACGGACUCCGGAAAUGGGAAGAAGCCAGAAAGGCCAAGUUACGGACUCACUUGUCCCCAAGACUUAAGCCAGCAAGCCAAACUCUAAUAUUUGAUAGGAUAGAUAGGAUAAAUCGAAGUCCUACUGACAGCAAGCUGGAUGAUCUUCAUUUGUAUGACCAGCCGGACUGUCCGUUUUCCAAAUCUUAUGUGGACAAUGGCCAUGGGAUUCAGGCUGUUGCCUACCCCCACCUCAAAUAUUCAUCAAGCAUGGUGCCAGAAAGGAAGCAUUCCAAGAUCAAUGGGCGAGAGAGAAAGGCUAUGAGGGUGCUCCCAGUUGUUGUCGGUACAUUUCUCUUCUGCUGGACACCAUUCUUUGUCGUGCACAUCACCCGAGCGUUGUGCGAGUCCUGUUAUAUGCCUCCGCCGCUCUUCAGCACCGUCACAUGGUUGGGAUACGUCAACAGUGCCCUGAACCCGGUCAUCUAUACAAUAUUCAAUACAGAGUUUAGGAACUAUUUUCGCAAAGUGCUUCGAUUGUGCUGCUGAUCCAUGG